AAAGCAGCGUCAGUCCAGCGAGCUGUGCAAAAAAAAGGAGAAAAAAGGGAAAGUUGAACCCCUCCCCGAAAAACCUCCUGAUCAAAUAAAAGUAGGAGAGAGGGAAGGAGGGGGGGUGAAAUGGGAGGGGGGGAGGGAUCCUGAGCCUCCCUCUCGCCCACCCCCAGGCUGGGUUUUGUACGGGUUGAUCCUUCUCUCUCUCCCUCCAAGCAUGGCCUCUCUGCUAGGACAAUGGCAGAAGCUGCAGCUGAUCCCAGAUCCAAGGACAAGGCGGAAAGAAAGAGAGAGGAUCCCGCGACCCGAUUAUCCCACUCCCUUCCUCCCCCACAAAAUAUAUAUGGGGAGAGGGACGCUGAUCCCUUCUUACUCUUUUAAGGCUCUGCAGCCUCUGGAAGAAAGGAUUGCACCUUUCUAGUGUGUGUGCAAGGUUAGAAAACAGCUUUUUUAGUGUGUGUCUGUGUACAAGUUAAGAGACAUCUAAAUUCCCCCACGGGUCUGAUCCAGACCUCAUUUGGUUUUCCUCGGCACUCAGUGCAGCCCCCAUAAAGGUCUUAUUGUUAUUUUAUUUUUGUAAACGUCCUGUGCAAGAGAUUUUUUUUUAAUGCUCUUUCGCUGCCUGAAGAAGAAGAAAAAAGUAGAAGGCCCUGCCGUCAAACAUUGAUCUCCGUGUGCUUCUGAGGCAAAGACGACCCCAUUGCAGCAGCCAGUUUUCCCACAGGUGUAAGCCAGAAGGCGGAGGCAUUCCUCUCCCAGAGAAACCCUUUGCGUUUUCGGAGAAGGCCGGCAGUUAGGCUGUCUCAAAAUGGCCGCCAAGCGGGGCGCGACUUCGAGCCUCCAUUUGCAGGGCGAGCUGGAGCAGGUGGCCCGGCGAGGGAAGAGGAUGGAGGUCGAGGAGGACGAACAUGAGAACCCUGAGUCUGAGGAAGGCUGGCGGGGGAAAGGAGAGGCCUCCCGUGGCCCCCGAGACAAAGAGGAGAGGCUGCCCAGGGGCCGGGUGGCUCAUCAGAAGGCCCUCCUCAACGCCACUCGCUCCCCUCGCUCGGGGUGGAGAAACCCGCCAGCGUCCCGGCCAGCGGAGUGGGAAGACAGGCGAGCCUUUCCAUCCUCCCUCGAGGGGCCGGCAGUGGCCCGCCCAUGGCCCAGGAGCGGACGGGCGUCCCGCCACCAGCAGGGCCUGGCCGGGGAAGGCCCCGAGGCUCACAACAGCCUGGACUCUGGGGAGAUUGGCGAGUCUGGGGUGGUGAAAGUGAAGGAGGAGGUGUUGGGCGACGACUCGGCCAGCAUGGAGAUGAAGCGCCAGCGCUUCCGCCAGUUCCGCUACCAGGAGGCCGAGGGCCCCCGCGAGGUGUGCAGCCAGCUCUGGUACCUGUGCCACCGGUGGCUGAAGCCGGAGAGGCACACCAAGGAGCAGAUCCUGGAGCUGCUGAUCCUGGAGCAGUUCUUGGCCAUCCUUCCGCCAGACCUCCAGAGCUGGGUGAGGGAACACGAACCGGAGACGUGCUCCCAGGCGGCCGCUUUGGCCGAGGAUUUCCUACAGAUGCAGAGGGAGGCGGAGAGGAGGGAGCAGCAGGUGCUGGGUCUCUUCGAAAUGGACAACGCAGAUUCUCCAGAGCCAGAGCCGGAGCAACCCCCCUCCGACUCUGCGCCUAAGCCUCUGUUCAGGGAAGCAAAGCAAGAGGCUGAUGAGGAAGAGGGCAGCAAUUUGGGCAACCUUGGGCAAGUGGCUCCCCGGGCAGGCGGCCCCCUCCCCCUGUACCCAGAGGAGGGCAGCUCCGACGACGAGGGCCUAUUAGACCUUGUCUAUGCCGCCAACCUUGAGAUCCACAGCCGGCGGCCGCCCCGGAGAACCCGCCUCAUCCGGAUGCGCACCCAUGAGCUGCAGGUGUCCGACGAGGAGUGCUUGACCCGCUUCCGCCUGGACCGCCAGGCCAUCCAGGACCUCUGCACCCUGCUGGCUCCUUACCUGGACGGUGCCUCAGCCAGCCGCAGGCACAUCCCCACCUUGCAGAAGGUCCUGAUCGCGCUGCAGGUGCUGGGCACCGGGUCCUUCCAGCGGAUGACGGGCGACAACCUGCGUGUGUCCCAGUCGUCCGUCAGCCGCUGCCUCGACGCCUUCCUGGAGGCCAUGCUCCGCCAUGUCCACGAGCACAUCACCUUCCCCACCACCGACUCGGAACUGCGCCGCACGCGGGAAGCCUUCUUUGACAUAGCCGGCUUCCCGAACGUCAUUGGGAUCGUGGACUGCACCCAUGUCCCCAUCAUCGCGCCGGCUGACAUGCCAGCGCUCUACCGCAACUGCCACAACUUCCACAGCCUCAACGUGCAGGCUACCUGCGAUGCCUCGGGGUGCUUCACCCACGUGCUGGCAAAGUUCCCCGGCAGCGUCCACGACGCGCGGAUAUUCCAGCUCUCCCAGCUGCAGAGGCUCCUGGAGUCGUGGCCCGAAGGAAAGGGUUGGCUCUUGGGCGACAGCGGCUACCCCUUGCGCCCUUUCCUCAUGACGCCGCACCCCGACGACGGCCCGGAGCCUGUGGCCCGCUACAACGCCACGCACGAGACGACGCGGAUGGUGGUGGAGCAGGCCUUUGGGCAGCUGAAGAUGCGCUUCCGCUGCCUCCACUCCACUGGCGGGCGGCUAAUGCUUCGCCCGGAGAAGGUGGCCAAGGUGUUUGUGGUGUGCGCCAUGCUACACAACAUGGCCCUCCGGCGCCAGUUGCCCAUUAUCAAUGGCGGACAAGGGGUGGACACCGAGGUCCCCGUGCCUCCCUACCUGGAAACUGACAGCCUGGUGGAGCAAGACCCCCGCGGGGUGGAUGUCCGGGAGCAGAUCAUUAGCACUUAUUUCUCACAAUAAAUUCGACUUUCAGUAGA